CGCAAUUUCCUUCCAUAAAUUAAAAUUAGUUUUGAUCAGCUAAAAAUAGCAGCUGAGCACGAUGGUAAAAUGGCAACGUGCUCGAGAGGGGGAAGCGGGACACGCCGGGGGCAUCGGGGGACCCAAGGGUCCCCAACUGCACCCUGGCAUCCGGCCUGGCACUGGGGGGGGCUGCUGGCCGAGCUGGGGGUCCCAGAGUUGUCCCCAACACGGAGCUGCCACCCCUCUGCUCCCCAGCUCCUGCCUGUGGCUGUGCUUUGGGGACAGCGGGGACAGCCAGGCCGGGUCUGUCCCCACAUCGGGGUGGGCAUGAGGGACCCCCUGGGGACACCUCAGUGCCACCCGUGGUUCUGCCCUGUUGGUGGCACUUGGGGAUUUUGGGGUGGCUCUUGCUGUGGGGGUGGCAGAAGAGCAGGAAUUGGGGGGGUGACAGCAGGGGGGUGUCCCAGCGCUGCGACAGGCUCGGGGGUGCUGGCACCCCUCGGGCAGGGUGGCACGGGGUGUCACCAGCCCCGUGUCCCUGCCCGGGCUGGCUCAGGCCGCAGGGGUGGGUGGGUGGUUUCGCUUUGCUGGCUCCUCGUGCAGCCACUUCCUGGCCUGCGGAGGUCAAAUUUAGUCUGCUGGAGCUUGAAAAAAAAAAAAUUUAAAAAAAAAAUCCCCAAAUUUGAACCUAAAACCAACCCUCCUUUUGUCCGAGGGACCCUCCCCGCCGCCAGCCCGGCCCCCUUUAAACGCCCUCCCCGUCCCACGGAGCCGCCAGGAGCAGCUUCAGGAGCAGCCCCGGAGCGAAGCCCGGGGUCUGGGGUGGGGUCUCUGCUCCCAAAGCCCCCUGAAGCAUUUGGGAUCACGGCCCACACCCACAGGUGCUCGGGGAGCGAUGGACUGGGGUGGCUGAGCAAGGCCGAGGGGAUUUUCUCUCCUCUAACUCAGCAGAAUUUCCCAAUUUCCCCCCAUUUUCCGCUUGGCCACCAUCUUCGCGGAAGAAGAAAUGACCAAACUUCCUCUGAAAAUCGAUUUUUUUUCACAGCCAAACUUAUUUUUGGCGGCGCUGGGGCGGACUCUGGCUGGGGACAGCCCCGAGGGUUGUGGGGCUCAGGCACUUCUCGCUGUCUUCCAGCCCCAAACCCAGCGGAGGAGGCGAAAAUGGGCCGAAAAAAAAUCCAGAUCAGCCGGAUUUUGGACCAGCGGAACCGGCAGGUGACCUUCACCAAGCGGAAAUUCGGGCUGAUGAAGAAGGCGUACGAGCUGAGCGUGCUGUGCGACUGCGAGAUCGCCCUGAUCAUCUUCAACAGCACCAACCGCCUGUUCCAGUACGCCAGCACCGACAUGGACAAGGUGCUGCUCAAGUACACCGAGUACAGCGAGCCCCACGAGAGCCGCACCAACUCCGACAUCCUCGAGGUAGCGGCCGGGCCGGCCCCGGGGCCCCGCGGUGGCCGCAGGGACCUGCUCACUGUCGCCUCCCCGCAGACGCUGAAGCGCAAAGGGCUGGGGCUGGAGAGCCACGAGCUGGAGCUGGAGGAGGGCCCGGAGCCGCCCGGGGACAAGGGCAGGAGGAGCGGGGAGGGCGUGGAUCUGUCCCUGGCGCGGCCCAGGUUUUAUAGCCCGGUGCCGCUGCCCGAGGCCGCCUACGGCAGCUCGUCCCCGGCCACCGAGGGCUCCCUGGGCAGCGGCAGCAGCUCCCCGCAGGGCCCGGGCCGCUCUCCCGCCUUCAGAGCCGCGGCUCCAAAGCCACCAGGACGGUCCCCAGGGCCACUGCCCCCAGGGCUCAGCUACCCCCUGUUCCCCGCCGCCAGCCUGAGCCGCGCCCUGGCCACCAAGACGCCGCCGCCGCUGUUCCUGGGGGCCGAGGGCCGGCGUGGCGAGUGCCAGGGCGGCGUGGCGAGCGGCCGGAGCGCUGCCGGCGCAGCGCGGCCGCUGUUCCCCGCGCUGCAGACGCUGAGCCCCGUGCUCAGCCCGGGCAGCUCCGGCCUCCCGAGCCACGGCCUCGCCGGCUUCCCCUUCCUCAGCCCGGCCCAGGCGGAUUUUGGGGCUGGCGAGGUCGCGCCGCCCCCCGGAUUCCUGCAGCCCCCCCCGGCGUGGCAGCACCCCCGGGACCUGGCAGCGCUGGGGGCCAGCAGCCGCACCGUCCCCGCGGAGGAGCCAGCCGCUGUCCCCGGCGCGUCCCCGCAGCACCAGGCCAUCAGCAUCAAGUCGGAGCGGGUGUCGCCGGGGCUGGGCUGCCCCCCGGGCACCCCCCAGCCGCCCCUGGCCAGCCUGGCGCCCCUCAGCGAAGCCUCCCGAGCCCCCGGCGACCUCCAGCCCCGCGAUGACUUCGCCAAGGGCUUCCCCCCGUACGCGCCGGGGCCGCCGCGGCCGCUGCCGGACGAGCAGAGGGUCCCCGUCCCCCCCGUCCCCCCUGUCCCCCCUGUCCCCACGCGCAGGGGACAGCCCGUGGACGUUUGGCACAGAUAGCGAGGCCGGCGGGGCGCGGGGACCCCGCUCGGGGGAGCAGCCCCCCGCCCCUGCCCCGUCCCAGCCCCUCGGGAAGCCCCCGGUGCCACCGGCAGGGUCACUGUCCCCACCCUAGGGACCCCCCUCCCCGGUGCCCCAAAUGCCACCAGGUCCCCUCCUUUCGGCCGUGCCAGGAGCCCGGCGCUGGACGCUGUCCCCUGCUGUCCCCUGCUGUCCUCUCCUGUCCCCUGCUGUCCCCAGCGAGCGGGAGUGGCCGGGAAGUGCCACGCGGUGGCAGCAGGACUGAGAGCAGCGGCAGCGGCUCCAAUUCCGGCCCGAUCCCGCGGCCAGGGGACAGGGGACACGAGAGGGGACAGGGGACAGCGCUGCGCCCCCAGCCCGGGGCUCUUUUCUAUUUAUUAUCCAAUAAAGAGCUGGGGGGCUCGGGGUGUCUGCUGUGAGGUUUUUGGGCUCGGGCAGCCCGGUUUGGGGUGGCACGGCAUUGCUGUCCCCACGGGAGGGGUGGCACGUGCCCGGAACCCCUCGGUCUCAGCGUCGCUGUCCCCCCCCCGCGUGUCCCCCAGGCUCAGGGGUCACUGCGCAGAGGGGUGGGUGACAGCCGGGUCACCCCUGGCCUGGCCGGGUCGCUGGGGCUCGGCCGUGCUGCUCCCACCCCUCGGUGACCCCAAAAAACCUCUCGGGGGUCUCGGGGGAGAAGGAAAAACCCCUGAAAUCGGGAUUUGGGGGGCAAGGCCGGGCCCAGCUGAGCUGAGCCUGUUUUAGCUCAGGGCUGGGCUGGCUUUGGGGGUUCUGCCGAUUUUUGGGGAGGGGGAGCAUCCCCUGCUGUGCUGGGCACGGCCACUCUGCUGGGGGGGACACGGCGGGACAGCGGGGUCCUGCAGCGCCACCACCCCACGGGGACACUGGGGAGGUCCGGGUCCCCCCAGCACCGCUUGGGCACCCCCAGGUUGGGUUGGGGGUCCCCCGCACCCCGCAGCGCCGGGCUGGGCCCCUUCCCUCGGCUGGGGGGGCGGAUAACAGCCCCGAGAUUAAAACCCGGGCGGGAGAUUAAUCCUGGGCAGAGUUUGCCCGGUUUAACGGCGCGCCGCAAAUACCAGGCGGGAUUAGGGGGCUGUGCCGAGCCCCGGAGCCGGGCCGGGCCCAGCGCCACCCCCAAGGGUGCCAGGUCCCCUCCAGGGCCACCUUUGGGACCGGGCCGGGGCUUGCGAGGCGGCGCGGCGGGGGCCGGGAUUUAGAUUUGCUAUGGCAACCCGCUGGCAUGGAAGGAGCGCCAGGAAAUGUCAGGGCGAGGUGGGCACGGCCGGGCGGCCAGGCGGGCACCGACACCGGCGAGGCGGAGGUAACGGAGCUCUCCCCCAGCUCCUCCCCAGCGGGACGCGGCCGGCAGCACCGCAGGGAUGCGUGGCAGAGCAGAACUCCCACCUCGCCCCGAUCCAGCCCCGUCCCUCACCAGGAGCGGAACGGAGCCUUGGGAAGACCCCAAAUCCCAGAAAUCCCGGCGGGAGCAGCCCAGGAGCUGCCCUGGGCUGGGAUUCCCUGCCCUGGCACCCGGGAAAGGCUCUUUGGGGUCUGCUGCGACCCCAGUCCUGUGGGAUCGCUGAGUGCCAGCUCCUCGUUCCCAGCUGGAUGGGAUCCAGCUCUUCCUGUUCCUGUUGGGAUGGGACAGAGAUUUCCUUGGGAUCGCGGAGACAGAGACGCUCUCGGUGACCGCCCCCCCCGGGGCCCCCCCCGGGCCGGGGGCAGUGACAAGGACGUGAGCGCAGCGCUGCCACCGCCCGGCCCCGGGACCCCGCCCGAGGACGGGGGCUGGGACAAGCGGCCGGAGCGAGGGACGGAGGCGGGGAGCGCCCCGGUGCCGGGCUGGAGCCGGCCCAGCCCCGCUGGGGGGGAGAUGUCGCCCCCGGGGCGGUUUUGGGGACGUUUGGGGACAUUCGGGGUCCCGCGGCGGGCGCUGCCUUUGCUGAUGCUAAUGGGGAGCGGUGUAAAAUCAGCGCUCAAAGGCGCCUUUGUGUCCCCGGGGGGCUCCGAGCAUCCAUCUUCCGCCUCCCCUCGGGGGUCUGAGCUGAAAGCAGCGUCCCGGGGGCUCCCAGGGACCGAGCUGCCGCUGCGGGCAGCGCCCGUGUCCAACCCGGCGGGUUUGGGGGGUUUUGGGCGGUUUUGGGCGGUUUUGGGGGGCUCAGGGCAUGCAGGCAGCGGAGGUGAUGGAGCAGGAGGCUUCCCCGGGCUGCGGCAUUUUGGGGGAAUUUGGGGCGUUUCUGGCACCGCAUCCCAGCGGAGGAGGCGCUGCUGAGGGCGGCACAGCGGGGGAUGCCAGGGGAGGGGUUUUGGGGGGCGCACCCCCAGAGCCGGGUACCCCGAGCCCUCGGGGGAUGCUCCGGGCGCGGGCGGAAGCGACAUCUAGCGGGAAGCGCAUCCCGUCGCCAGGGAGAUCGAUUUCCAUGGCAACGCCGGGGAGCGGCGCCGCUGGACCAGGGGCACCCCGGACCCGGCACGGGCCGGGGGUCCCGGCACUGGGGAGUGGGAGAUCAAACUGGGAUGUGGGUGAUCAAACUGGGAUUUGAAUGAUCAAACUGGAUGUUGGGUCCUGGCACUGGGAUGUGGGUGGUGGAACUGAGAUUCCGUUCUAUUCCUCAUCGUGCUGCUCUGCCUUGGUUGGUAAUAAAUUAAAUUAAUUUCCCCGG